AUGGGUGGGAACGCGAAGGACCUUAAAAGGGCAUUUGAGGACAACGACCACCAGCAAAUACCCAUUCCUCCGACCGACCCGGCUAUCGUGGCCGAGAUGAAGAGAUCGGAAGGUUUCGUAAAGUAUCUGCGAAGCCAGGAAAACUACAACAACUACCUCAAGUUCUUUGAAACAGAGGUCGAGACACAUGGAUGCAAAGGCGUCCUCUGCCAGUAUUUGUUUGCUAGUACUCCAGUAGCUAAAGCUAUGUUUGUGCAGCUAUACGAGGGCUUGUAUCAUCCUUUGAUCCACAUAGGAUUCGGCAUUGAGUUCGAUCAACCAGCGAUUGUUGCCGAGGGGUUAGCUCAAGCAGCCUCGCACACUUCGGGAAAUAUUAGCAACUACUUCGCCCGAUGUGAUGAGCUUGCCCAAAGCGAAGGGGUACGAUCCACACCACUUCGAGAACUGUAUCGUAACGUUCGAGCCAGCGACAAGAUUCGUACGGCAGUUCAGUUACAACAAGGGCCUAAUCGCAUCAGAGAUGGUCUUAUGCCAAAUGCGAUGGAGGAACUUGCCGUCAUUGCAGCGCAGUUCCGUGUUGGAAGGGAUAAUCUAGAUUGGGAACGCGGUCUCAUUGAGUCGACCAGUUGUGCUGCAUACAAUGCAGCAGCAGCACAGAGGGAAAGCAAAGCAACAAAACUCGACUUCUUUUCCAUGCACGCGGUCACCAGCUCCAUCUUCCUUAGCCUGCUUGUCCGACAGUCGUGGAUCGCCAACGAGAACAAAGCCAAGCUAAUCGAAUGGAAAGGCAGACUGGAUCUGGCUUGGUACGCGUCCAGUAGAGCGCCGCAACUGGACCUCCAUUUCAUCACUUCCUACCAGCCAACCAUUAGCAAAGACAUGAAUUGGCACACUCUGUACGAAGCGAUCGUCAACAGUCACGACGAUGGCCAUGUGGCCAAGUUCGUGAGAGCUCUGUAUAAUGCAGAGACAGAAAUGCGAGAUUUUGUAAGCCGUGUUGGCCGGGAGAGUAUUACAAGCUUCCCCAUCCAGGGCGAUUUGUGGUUUCGUGCUGCCCAGAUGUGCUUAGACAGCACAACGGACAUGCCACUAGAUGAGAAAUGGCUUAUGGGGUCAGGAUUCGACACAGUGUGGGACAGAGUCCCGGAGGCACUAUAG